GGUAGGGGGUUUCGGGCUGCCGCCAUGGGCAAUACUGUGGCUAGAGAAGAUUUCGAGUGGGUCUACACGGACCAGCCCCAUGCCGACCGCCGCAAGGAGAUCCUGGCUAAACAUCCAGAGAUAAAAGCAUUGAUGAAGCCAGACUACAACCUGAUCUGGGUGGUUGUGCUGAUGGUUCUGGCGCAGUUGACUGCAUUCUAUCUGGUUAAAGACUUGGAUUGGAAAUGGGUGGUCUUCUGGGCUUACGUUUUUGGAAGCUGUAUUAGCCACUCCAUGACUCUGGCUAUUCAUGAGAUCUCCCACAACAGUGCCUUUGGCAACAGCAAAGCUAUGUGGAAUCGAUGGUUUGGAAUAUUUGCCAACCUCCCUCUUGGUCUCCCCUACUCCAUAUCCUUCAAGAGAUACCACAUGGAUCAUCAUCGUUACUUAGGCGGUGACGGCAUCGAUGUGGAUAUUCCUACCAACUUCGAAGGCUGGUUUUUCUGCACCCGGUUUAGGAAGUUCAUAUGGAUUGUUCUUCAGCCUUUUUUCUAUGCCAUUAGACCUCUUUGCAUCAAUCCUAAACCCAUUACUCGACUUGAAAUAAUCAAUUUAUCAGCUCAGCUCGUCUUUGAUGUGGCGAUCUAUUAUUUAUGGGGAGUCAAAUCCAUUUUUUACAUGCUUGCUGGUUCAGUACUUGGUCUUGGGUUGCACCCAAUUUCGGGACACUUCAUAGCUGAACAUUACAUGUUUUUAAAAGGACAUGAGACCUAUUCCUACUAUGGGCCACUUAAUUUGCUCACUUUUAAUGUUGGCUAUCACAAUGAACAUCAUGACUUCCCCAAUAUUCCUGGCAAGAGCCUUCCACUGGUGAAGAAAAUAGCAGCUGAAUACUAUGACAACCUGCCCCAGUAUAACUCUUGGAUAAAAGUACUGUAUGACUUCGUGAUGGAUGACACAAUCAGCCCAUAUUCACGCAUGAAAAGGCAAUUGAAGGGUGAAGUGAAGCAAGAUUAAACUUCUGGCAACCAAAAAACUUUGAAAUGUCUGCUUGCUUUAAAGUGGCUGGUAUAAAGGUUUCCUGCUAAAGCUGUUCACUUGUGUCCUGAAUUAAGAUGUACAGCAACAUAGCAAUGCAUCCUUAAGGAUUCUGUAGCAGACUCCAGUUAUAACAUUCCUCACAGCUCUCAGAUUCAUAGUUUAAUGUGUCUCUGUUUGCCUAAGGAUCAGUGUUAUAUGUAUAAUGCAAAAUCACUUUGUUACAGAAUUUACCUUGGUAGGUGUUAAAUCUAUAUAAAAUAUCUGGCUCAUAACAGUUUAAAAGUUCUCAGUGUAGUGUACUGCCCUCAACAUGCUAUUUAGAUAAUUCCUUUUAAAAAGCUGUACUUACCUGUUAAUGUUAAAUGAAUGUGAUUUGUUAACUUAAACAUUCUGUUGGAAAUUAUUCCAAACUGAUGUUUGGAAGAACUAAAUUUGCACAGAAAUGUUCA